GUGGGGACAAGCUCUGAGGGGCUGCUGGGGUCUCGGUACAGCUGCAGCCAACUUUCUGGCCACCAUGACGAAUGCUGAGAACUGAGGGGACGGGCUCUACGGCCUCAGCCAGGGGCUCUCAGGACGCAAUGGAGAACAAAGCCGUGUACCUGCACACCGUGAGUGACCGGGACUCCGGCUCCCUCUUUGAGGAGCCCUUCGACGGCAGGAGCCUGUCCAAGCUGAACCUGUGUGAGGAUGGUCCAUGCCACAAGCGGAAGGUGGGCGGUUGCUGUACCCAGCUGGGCUCCCUGUCAGCCCUGAAGCAUGCUGUCCUGGGGCUCUACCUGCUGGUCUUUCUGAUUCUCGUGGGCAUCUUCAUCUUAGCAGUAUCCAGGCCCCGGAGCUCCCCGGAUGACCUGAAGGCGCUCACUCGGAACGUGAACCGGCUGAAUGAGAGCUGGCGGGACUUGCAGCUGCGGCUACUGCAGGCUCCGCUGCAGGCCGACCUGACGGAGCAGGUGUGGAAGGUGCAGGACGCACUGCAGAACCAGUCAGACUCGCUGCUGGCGCUGGCGGGCGCGGUGCAGCGGCUGGAGGGCGUGCUGUGGGGGCUGCACGCGCAGGCGGCGCAGACCGAGCAGGCGGUGGCCCUGCUGCGCGACCGCACGGGCCAGCAGAGCGAUGCUGCGCAGCUGGAGCUGUACCAGCUGCAGGUGGAGAGCAACCGCAGCCAGCUGCUGCUGCGCCGCCACGCGGGCCUGCUGGACGGGCUGGCCCGCAGGGUGGGCGUCCUGGGCGAGGAGCUGGCUGACGUUGGGGGUGCGCUGCGCGGCCUCAACCACAGCCUGUCCUAUGACGUGGCUCUGCACCACACGCGGCUGCAGGACCUGCAGGUGCUGGUGAGCAACGCCAGCGAGGACACGCGCCGCAUGCGCCUGGUGCACAUGGGCAUGGAGCUGCAGCUCAAGCAGGAGUUGGCCGUGCUCAACACGGUCACCGAAGACCUGCGUCUCAAGGACUGGGAGCACUCCAUCGCGCUGAGGAACAUCUCCCUGGCCAAAGGGCCACCGGGACCCAAAGGUGAUCAGGGGAAUGAAGGAAAGGAAGGCGAACCUGGCACCCCUGGGUUACCUGGACUUCGAGGUCUGCCAGGGGAGAGAGGAACCCCAGGACUGCCUGGCCCCAAGGGCGAUGCUGGGAAGCUGGGGGCCACGGGACCUAUGGGCAUGCGCGGGUUCAAAGGUGACCGAGGCCUGAAAGGAGAGAAAGGAGAGAAAGGAGACAGAGCAGGGGAAGCCAGUGGCAAGGAGGCUGUGAUGAUCCGGCUGGUGAACGGCUCGGGGCCGCACGAGGGCCGCGUGGAGGUGUUUCAUGACCGGCACUGGGGCACCGUGUGCGAUGACGGCUGGGACAAGAAGGACGGGGAUGUGGUGUGCCGCAUGCUGGGCUUCCGCAGCGCUGAGGAGGUGUACCGGACAGCUCGCUUUGGCCAAGGCACAGGGAAGAUCUGGAUGGAUGACGUUGCCUGCAAGGGCACAGAGGACACCAUCUUCCACUGCAGCUUCUCCAAGUGGGGGGUGACAAACUGUGGACAUGCCGAGGAUGCUGGGCUGACGUGCAACAGACACUGAGAGUGGGCACAGCCCGAGGUCAGGGCCCCAC